GCGGAAAUUUUGAUGAUCGUUUUCGAACAGUUUUCAAAGUUUUUCCAAAGCUUCCUGUAGUCUUAAAAGCUUUGAUGUAUGUGUUGUUUGAUAAGAUGCCAAUUUGCCACAAAUAAAUCAUGUCUCGUGACAAUUCUGCCUCGACACCCUGGUGGGAGCAAGAUGCCAGUGUGCUCCUCGGUAAUGGUCAAAAUCGUAUUGAUGAGAAAACCAUCCACCACACUCCUGUCCCGCUGGCUUCCUCAACGGUGCUCAAGAAUCCGGAUGGGAAGGACAAACCAGCACCUCCCCGACACUCACUCUUCAUGAGCGAAGAAAAAGAAAUGACGCCAGGAAGAUCAGGCGAGGAUAUUGUGCGAUUCUCGCUCAGUGACCUUGACCUCUUGAAGGAUGCGUCCGGUAAAGAAGCGCAGAAGGAAAGGGACCUUCUUACAUGCACCGACCCAUUCAUGAAUGUUCAACAAGUCGACAAUCUGUUGCCUUACCCCGGAGAGAACUCGUCCAACACUCGUACGUCUUCAAUGGGGAUUAUACCAUUGGAUUCAUUUGAAGAUUUGUCGUCAAGUUUAUUGGAUAGAGAUUUGAGUAAAAAAUCACCAAACUUUGCCAAAUGUGAGUCCAACGGCAAAAAAACUAACUCAGGUGCCGGUGCAGUUGGUGGUGGUAAACUAUCUGGUAUAGGGGGCCCUAAGGGAAUAUUCUUGAGUUUAAAUGACGAGGACGAUGAUGAAGAGGAGAUGAACGCAACCAUCCCCGUUGUACAAAUCAACGAGGACGAUUUGAAAAAACUCGAUGACGAAUUUGGCGAUUUUGAUUUUAAUAGCACGAUGACUGAUGACCAACCGGAUCAAAGUCGAAUGAGUAUGGAAAGCCGUGACUGUAAUCAAGAUCAGUGGCGGGUGGGGCGGGAAUCUGUGGAUCCUGGUGGUGAGGUUGUCGAAAGAUAUGGUAGUAGGUUUGGACGGGAAGCGAUGGAACCUGCUGGUGAGGAUGUCGGAAGACGCAGUCGCCCGGGGAUCGAUGGAAAUACAAUGCGCCCAACUGAUAUUGUUUUGGAUAGGCGUGGUGCUCGUAAUUUUACAGAAAGGGUCGGGCGAGAUUCGUUGGACCCUGAUCGGGAUAGUUUGGAUGGCUUUGGAAAACCUGGUGCCUAUGUGGGUCUUGGGCGCGAUUCUGACAGCCGUGUAGAUGCAGGUUACGCAGGAGAUCUCAGUUCAAGGUUUGGUCUGGAUUCGACGGACCCAGCUGGUGAUAUACUUGAGCGGCAUGGGAUACCAGAUCUGAGUAGCAGAUUUGACCAGCUGGCUGGACAAGAUCGGUUCAUGCCGAUCGGCAAUGCUGGGAAUACUGCACGGACUAAGGGUCCCUCCUUAGACCCUCUUGACCCGUUGUACCUGCGUGCCAGUCCCAAGCCAAGCCUUCAUGAGGAUGGAGAUGGCCAGGAAGACACCACAAUGUCAAUGUCAAGGCCUAGAUUCAGUCAGUCACUCUUUCCAGAUGACACUGCUGCAGCACGUACCAAUGUCAACGGCAGUGAAAUCGACACUGAUGAUGAAAUCGAAGCUGCAAGGAGGGAUAUUGAUGGUUUAAUGGAGAGACAAGACACACCAGGGGCCAGUGAAGACGACCGAGUCCAACGGCCAGGUUUAGAGGGCGCUAGGAGUUCUGACGAGGGCAACGCGGGAACCCGUGGUGAUUUCUCUGUGCGCCAGAAUGCGGAGGGAGGAGUGAUGGUCUCGUCUGUACCUGGUGAUGGAGGGGGCGGAGGAGAUGGCACCAGUGCUAGUGAUGAAGACACACCCAUGCCGACUGGUUCACGCCAAGCUGCCCUCCACAGCCGUCAAAUAGGGGGCGGUGUUUUCCGUUCAGCUUUUGUAGAGGAUGAUCCGGACGCCCAACCUCGGAUUCAACCUGUUGGUGAGGAUGAUGUUCUCAUGGAGCGCUCCAUGCGCCAGGUACGAUUCACCAACACAUACGACGAGGAAAGUCGUGACAUCCCCGGAUCCUCUGAACGGGGGCCUUGGAUGGAGAAUCAAACUGUUUCAAGUCAGAGUUCCGACAGCGGAGAAGCAGCUGAUACCCGAAUGUCAAACCUCGCAUCACGAUUCCUGCGCCCAAACAGUAUCUCAAGCCUUGCCGCAACAGACACACGGACAAGUUGGGCGAUUGGCGAUCAGAGUUCUUUCAUUUUGGACAACAUCAUCCCCGGAGCAGGCGAUGGUGACAUACCCUUAGACAAUGAAGCUACACUCACGCCUUACAACCAAAUACCUGUAGUCUCCGGAGUGACUAGUAUGUACUCGGAUCAACCAUCAAUCAGCUCAUAUGGUAAUAAUACUCGCGAUUCUUCACAGAUGAGGCCAGGUUCUGACAUAUUUGGCAGCCAGCCUUCACCGGAGCUAUUCACUCAGGCAAACCAGGAUGUACCCACAGACCCCAAUACAACCGAUAUGAUCUUCACAGGGCAGUCGUCUCUCGGUUCAUUUGGCCUUGCCCAGAAAAACCAGUCAGGCAAGGAAGACCGGUCAUUCCAGCCAUCUUUGGGCGGGUUGGAUUUUUCGGAGUUCCUGUAUAAGCCAAGUCCAUCGGGGCAGAGCGAUCGAGGAGUCAGUCAACCCAGUGAGAGUCGUGAGUGGGAAGGACUAGACACCACUGCUGAGCCUUCCAUGUCUAGAGAAAACCCUAUCUACCUCAGUGAAGACGGUGAAUGCGUGACUGACCUGGCCUACCGGACGACUUUUACUCAUUCUCAAAAUAUCGAACUGAGUGAAGAGGAAGACUUCAUGCCAACAGCUGAAAGCCAUGCUCUGAUGGACAAAAAUGAACGCCAAUUCGAAUGUCUAACUCAGGAUGAAAGUGCCACUGCCAGGAAGACUAGUUCAGUCUGUUCAAGUGGUUCCGGGUCGUGGAGUUUACGCUCCGAGGGGACGGUGUUGCGGCCAUCUUGGAUGUCAGCUGAGGAGGCUGAGGAUAAAUUCCUGAGGAUCUCAAUUGGAACUUUUAUGGGAGGAAGAACAGAGGCACUAGGUUCUUUAGAUGGGGAGGAAGGCGCAGUCAGGCCUGAUUUUGGUCGUGUGAUUGUCACGCCACCAAGUGCAAGAAAGCCAUUUGCGCUGAUCCAGGCCACGCCCAAUCUGAGUGACAUCCAGGAGACGACAGACUACGAGGACAGGAGUAUAGGACAUAGCAGUGAAAACACCCCCAACACAUCUCCUAGUCGUGUUGUCAAACAAUUCAACGUGGAUUCGCCUGAUCCAGUCGACCAGACAUGCACCCCAGAGGUGAUGAAUCAGAAGAGUAGUUACGAAACUGGAACUGGAACUCCAAUUGUAACUGGAUCAGAUUCGGUAUUCUAUACGCCUGUCCCAGGAGAAAAGUCUGUCAAGAGUGAUCUCUCUGGGAGCACUGGGCAUAGCGCACAGAGCAGUGACCGCAGUGAUAAAGAGGAUAGUACGUUUAUGGACAAGAGUGGCGCUGUGAACAUCAGUGCAAUAAACAAACUACUUUCGAAUGCAUCGAUCAAUACCAAACCAGAGGACCUCGCUGCUAUGAUCCUUAAAAUGUCUUAUGCUCCAAAAGCUAAAAUGCAGGCAGGGGAACUAAGUUCUGGGGUAGGCCUUGGUUCUGGACUUGGGAACAUUGCAGAGAAUCCUGAUAUUGGUGCAGAACGAAAACUUUCAAAGCCACUUCCAGGUGAAAGAACAAGUAGCAGGUCCUCUACUUCAAUAGGAAUGUCUGACAAGCCACCGAUACCGAGUAAAAUUCCUUCCCUGGAUAAGACGGUUCGUCCUAGUCGUCAAUCUUUCCCGCGAUACGGAGAAAACGAUGUGCCUGUUCCAAAAGUGAAUCCUGAUGAGAGUGCUAAGAGAUUGAGUAGGUUGAGUAAUAUUUCUGCUCCUGAAAGGAAUCGAGGAAAAGAUCUCAGUGAAAAUUCUACUGGAAAGAAUUCGCCUUCAAAUUCACGACCUUCAGUUGGGAAGGAUCAAAGUGCUCGAGUUAAAAAUUCUAAAGAAUCCCCACUGAAUUCUGCUCCUGCUCAGGAGGAGUCGAAACUGAAAUAUCCUGAAACAGGGAGGAGUGGUCCUGAAAUGGGAAAGAACAGUCCUAAGAAGAUUUCUUCUUCUGCGAGGGGUUUGCCGAAACCGAAGAUGGAUGCUAAGAAGGCUGGUUCCAGCAAGGGCAGUCCUGUGAAGAUGCUGAAGUUGAAACCACCGCCUGCACGUAGACCGCAGGAUGAGUUGUCCUCUGAUGAGGAGGCAAGUGGCCCACAGCCUCGUCCUCCAAGGAAAGCAUCAUCCAGAAAGAAAGGACAGAAGGAGGAAGGGAAAAAUUCAACGUCUAAAUAUUCAAGUGGGAGCAAUGGCGGUGCUAGUCCUGCGUUUGAUGGACGCUCCAAAGUUGAGGGCAAGAAUGGUCGUGAGGAUGUUCAGCAAGAACUAGCUGUUGAUAAUCAAACUCAUGCUGAUGAAUUAGAUCAGCAGAAAGCUUCGCAGAUUCCGAGGCGCAUAAGGUCAGAAAGCCCACCAAAAGCUGUGGAGAAGCCAAAGAGUAGUAAUCAAACGCGGAUACCGCGACCAGUCAGUUCGAGUAGGAGUCGUAGUCGCAGUGCUGAUGGUGAUGAGAAGAGGUCACCUGGUGGGGCGCUGGGGGAGGGGGCAGAUAGGAAGGGUGAGAGGAUGAGCAGGCGUGAUAUGGGUGUGAUCAGGAUGGAGCCUGUUCAGGAAGCUAGUUCGCCACAGUGGGAGCAAAGAAAACCACGACAAGAAGAUGGUGAUUUUGAUGCAGGUGGUACGAUUCCGUCGAGCCCACCUAUCGGUUGGAACACGCCCAGACCGAGCUCAGUAUUCUCCCGUCCGUCAAGUACACAAUCAAAUGAGGAGUCGCCACCUAUGAAACAAGCAUUGAACUACACGAAGAGUUCAAGUGUGGGUGUCGUUUCUCCGAGCAUUCAGUCGCCGAAUAAGUACAAUAAUUACACAGGUAGUAGUGAGUUGACUAGUGGUUUUCACAGCCAGGCAACAGAUUUUAUGCAGACUUAUAAUCAGACUCAUGUGACAAGGAGCUCUGACCCGUCAGCUGCUGGCGCUACCAUGAAUAAAACUCCCAGCAUGCACCGUUUGACGCCGCAUUACGACGUGACGCCCAAUGACGAUGUUACAUAUCGCCCACGAUUGUCAAGUACCCCGAUGUACGGCGCUCCGCAGACUUCUCCACCGGUUCAGGAUAUGCCCUCAAAUAUCGUUACCACCCCUGGCAACCGUUUGUUGUACGGCUCCGACAGUUUAGAGACCACGCAACAUUCACCGAAUCCAGCAUCCCCUAUUGUCUCGUCACCGACUACUAUACGGUACGAGACUAGCAUACAGGGUGGCGAAGAUCUGGUUCAGGGUCGUAGCGUGAGUCAUCAAAAUGUUUACCACCCCCCUUCCUCGCGGACAAACUUGCAAACAGACAUGCAGUACUUUAUACCCCACUCUUCCAAUGCUCAGCCUUCAUAUGCUGGUACACUUACCCAGACACGGCCGUUUUCGCAAUCAGAUUUAUACGGUACGGCCACAACGUACGUUCACGGGCCUUCGAAUAUUUCGACGUUUACGUCCCAGGCUGCUGCAAGGCCUGACAAUAUCACAACAAAUAGUGCUGCAUCAAAUGGACAAUUACAAACACUGCCUCCUAGGCAAGGUUUGGACGUACGGAAUGGCCGUGACCAGGAGAGGUUUCUGCGGACUGCUCCCCAGUUUGGGAUAUCUGAUCUGGCAAGCCGGCGUCGUGAAGUAGCAACAACUGGAAACGCAACAAUGCCAAGAGACUUCAGAGAAGUGACUCGUGUGCCGAACAUCACCGCCCCUGGUGAGGUCAAGUUCCAAGAUGUCUGCUGUGUAGGCAUGACAACGCGAUGCUGCAUCCCACUUCAGAACCCUAACGAUCGGUGGUUGCAUUGUACGCUUCGUAUCGUGACGGUGAAUAUCGAUGGCCGAGAUCGUGCACCGAACCUGUCGCCGUUUGUUAUGAAGCAGCAGGUCAUACUCGGGCCGAACUCUGUGGAGGAAAUUGAGGUGAUCUUUGCGCCCCGGAUAGAGGGUGUCUAUGUAGCUCAUCUCCACCUCGUGAUCAGUCCUGUGGCCAACGACUCCCCCCUGCAGCCAGUGAAGGUGCCUGCCAUGGUCACGCUGCAGGGGAUUGCGGAAAUGCCAAACAUUCAGGUUGUGUGUAAUGGAGAGAGCAUCUUGGAUUUUGGCCAACUCCCAUGGGGCUCCCAGACCUCUGUUCCGUUGACCCUAAUAAAUCGUGGACGGGCAACAGUGCCUGUACGACUUGUCAUUACGGGGAACACGACUUCGUGGCGGCAUUUCUCAUUCGAGCAUUUCUCCGAUUCAACGAGUGACAUCAUGCCGUCGUUAUCAAAGUCUGUGAUCAGUGGUACGGUUCAGGGCCGCGGGGAGAACAGCAUCCAUGGUGAACCAGUACAGAUCAUGCUCUACCUUCAAACACCCGAUAAACAGUAUGACAGAGGUCAUCUUCAUCUUCCGCCGGAAAAAUUGUCGGCACGCAUCGACGUAGAACUGGACAUCACAUCGACCUCAACAAUGCACGCUCCAUUAUGUAUCGUCAACCUCCGUGCAUUGGUCGGGUCUGCUAGGCUCCGUGCACCUGCCGCAAUGCAGUCAAUAACAUUAAAAACAACGCUUGGCAAAUCGACGACGCACAUCCUUCCGCUGCAGAAUGCCGGGAAUAUUCAAUUGAAGGUCUCAUUCAAUGUGACGGAUCACGAGGAUGUGUUUGCAAUUCUGCCAUCUCAGUUGGAAAUCGAGGAGAGUAGCCAGGCGGAUGUGGUCAUUAAGUUUCAGCCCAAGGCAGCAAGUCAAAAGCCGUACCGCACUGUACUGCUGAUGAACAUCGAACCUAGUGGACCUGCGUACGAGAUUGAUAUCACCGGUGAGGUUGCCAACCGUGAACCGACGCGGCAUUCCUCAGAUAUUGUGUUGCUUAGCAACAAGCACUUCCUGUCGUGGGGCGGAGUCGGGUUAGGAGAAACUGUGCCUCAAAAACUGGUGCUUCGAAAUCCGACGAACAACACUCGUCACUUCAGGAUGCAGAUAAAGGGCUCUUCUCAAGAUUUCAAGCUACGAAGUCUCACCUACACACAGGAGAAGCUACUUCCCGAGAAGGAGAUUGUGAUGAAACCGAUGGAGGAUUACCCUAUCCAUGUGAUAUUUGAACCUUCGGCAGUUGCGACGUGCUCAGCUAAACUCAACAUCAAAACAGACUCGUCCAACUUCAAAUACUCGAUCCCUCUGAUGGGCUACGGUGGAAAAUGUGCAAUAGUCCUCGAUGGUGCCAAUGACGGCCAGAAGGGACACUACUGGUUGAAUACGGGCGAGAUCACGGACAGCCAUCGCGUCAUGGUCCGGGUGACAGUCAGGAACAGAGGGGCUCGGGCAGGAUUUGUGAAAGCCUUGCCAUUCCAUGAUAUGAAUUGUAAAAAAAAGAUGUCACACAGCAUAAUCACUGUCCAGCCAUCAGAAUUUGUCCUCGGUGAAAAAGAUUCAAAGGUUGUUGUGAUUGUGAUUAACCCGAGCAAUCGUGAGGCCGUCCUAUGCCAGGAUCAGCGCAGCAUAAUAGGAGCGGUGGCGUUCUACUUUGGCGAUGAGCUCAGCCGGCAGAAGUAUCGGCGGGCAAAACUGAACAAGCAGAAAGUCAAUCCGUCUGUGUCGAUUGGUGAGAGUCUUCAAGAUGUCAACUUUGAUGUGUCGUAUCAGGGAGAUGAAUUAAUACCCUCGUGUCUUGAUGUCUCCGAUUCGCCGACCGAUAUGGAGUUGUUCUAUGCCAACAUGUCGAAGGUGGUGACGGCACUCGUCGGUGAUACACCCAAGCCAAAGUCCAGCUCACAUUAUAACACAAAAACACUUGGUGCUAUUGAAAACGGUCUGGCAAGGCCAAUUAAUGAUAAUAUGAUGUGUACGCCACCAGUUAAGGGUACCCCCUCGAUGCGGAGGGGAAGCAAGUCUCAGUCACCUGUUCACAUGAAGAGUUUGGAGAAGGAAGACUGGACCAUUCAACCUGAACAAAUUAUACUCGGAUCGCCGAAGUAUAGUUCGGAGAACAACGUCAAACGGUUGCAGAUUAACAACUUCACGGAUAAACCACAACAGUUUGAAUUCACAUGGCCUGCACAUUGCGUGUCAGUGACGCCAGAGCAAGGUUCCAUUCCUGCACGCAGUUCCGCCCUCAUCUGCAUCUCGGCCAACCCGACGCUGUACAACCGCGGCAUCAUCUUACCGUGGCGCGGCCAGGUUCACAUCUCCUGCGCGGGGACAGACAAGGUGGUCAAAGUACAGAUCCGUGACGAACCUACGAAAGAUGUGGUCUCGACGACAACGAAUCGUCACCAGCCACUUGUGACAGUCGUGGAUCGAAAUCGACCGGCGAGUUGCAGCGUGUCAGUGAUCAGUAAGGAGAUUGCAUUUCCUGAAACUGUCACUGGAGAAACUGCUGAUCAAUGCUUGGAAAUGGUUAACAACGAUGAACAUGACGUGACAUGGACGAUCACUCAGUUUGCCCCGGCUUAUCUCAAGGAUCCCAGUGCUCGUGGCGAGCUGCAUCGGCUAUCCUACCCAGCCUUCCAGUUUCUCAAAACGUCUGGUACUGUUCUUCCAGGACAGACACUCAAGGUACCUCUGAUCUUCAUGCCUCAGGAAGUCGGAUCUCACAGCCAGUUCUUCGAUCUCCAACUCAAGCUAAAGUCACCCGUGGCAGCCACUGCUAGCAACACCAGGAUACAGUGUAUGGGACAGAGUAUAUCGCAUUUAUCCGCUGGCCUUGUGAAUGGCUUUCCAGAUCACGAGCGUUCAAAGCCCAGGAAGGAAUCAAUCAAGGAGAAGAAACCAAAAUCUCCUCGUCAUCGUGGGAUUGUGGUGUCAUGCGAUGAAGUCGUUUUCCCCAUCACCCGAACUGGCGAAGCAGAAACACUCAGGGUGGUCAUCAAAAAUCAUUCCCCUAUAACGGAAAUCGUUCAGUUUGAUGGUCCAUCUCCUCCUUUUAAAGUCAACUUCCGCAAUCUGGAGAUUAAGUCCCGUCACUUCCUACGCAUGCCAGUCGAGUUCCGGCCAGACCGUCCAGGACGAUUCUCAUCCGAGCUUAUGCUGAAAGGUAGUAAGGACCAUAUAACGCUCCAGUUACGAGGUCAGGCAGAGUAGUGGUGGAUACAAAUCGCAUUACAAGAAUCACUUGGGACUAGUAUCCUUUCAAAUGUUAGAACCAUAUCGGUGGUACACUUCUGUAAACCACCAAAUGUUUCUGCUUUAUUUUUGUGAUUCUCGAAAAUUUCUAAAAAAACUGAAAUGUUAACUGUUUUAUUUUCUGCUAAGAUUUAUCAACGGAAGCUUAUUUCCACCUUAAGUUUUAACCGGGCCGAUCAAAACUUGCCGUUUUUAUAAACGUUUCAUGAUAGAUUUCCUUUUAUAUGAAGAUGAUAAUAGAUGACCAUAAUUGAGUCAGAUAGGCAAGUCAGUCUUAACCUCACUAUCAUGGUGACGCUUAAUAGUCCAAGCUUGAUUUUUGUGAAAUAUUUCUCGCCUCCUGUUGACCUUGUCCAUGUUUGUAACUUUGCUCAAGUUGCUCAGGAAAAUUCCACACUUAUAUUUAACGUAAAUGCUAGUACCCUUUUCUUUGCAUAUGUGAUUAGGACAAACAAACUUUGCUAAAAAUUGUGAGAAUAGCCCAUUGUUGCUGCGAAAGGAUUGGUUACAGUUUCACACAUUCAACCUUCUGGUCCUCUCAAAAUCUAGCGUGUCUCCACUGAGCAGAAGAAAAGAUUGAAUACAUUCUUCUUUUCAUCAUUACGUUUUAUCGCAAAUGCCAGAGUUUACGAUUCUCUGAUAUCUGCCCCAUAAUAGCCUUUAAUGGUUUAUUUGUUAAAAAUGAUGUUUUCCAAGCCUUGGCGAACGAAAAGAGCUCCUUGUUGCUUUUGGGUUUAGUUAAACAGUCUGUGUAGCACGUCAAUGGUACUCGCGUUGCAUAGAUGGUGAAAAGUUUUGACUAGUUUUGGGGUUGCUGGGUACACUCACAUUGACUGUGUCUGUUAAGCACCUUAGCAUCUUUCGGUAUGACAUCUGCCUAGCCAUCAUCUUUCACCAAGACAAAUAAUAAAUGAAGAAGUAUCCUUAUAUUGGAGGUUAAUAAGUGCAUAGUGUAGCAUCUUUUAUUUUAGAACUUGGUGCGUCUGGGGUUGUUAUGUCAAGAUGUUCUGCGGGGAAGCUAAAUAAAGUAUUUGCAAUCAAGUUGAUGAUAAGAUGGCGUCUUCGAACCAGUUCAAGGGCGAAAAUUUAAAUGAAUGCUACGAUAGGAUGAUGUCUUCCAACCAUUUAUAAGAAUAGGAAAUUGAAAUGAAUGCUAUUUACAGGGUAUUUGAAUGUACAUGUAUCUGUUUGAUUCUGCAAGUUUAAGAAUGUCUGUAAAACAAAAAGUUGUAACUUCUGUAUGAAAUUGUAUAUUUUGUAUCAAAGGAAAGUUAGUUCAUUCUGAAAACAAUAUUAUUUAGUUCAGGUUAUUGUUUUGUUCAUUAAAACGUUUGUUACUGGUACCCAAAGUAAUUAUUUUUUGUGGGUUUGAUUUUCAUGAAAUUGAGGCAAUCUGUCCUGCAAAUAUAUACCUUCUUAGAUAUGAAGGUACAACAUAGCAACAUAGAUCAGAGCUGUAUUCAACUUUGUUGGUCAUGAUCUGCUUGAAAAAUACGUCCUUCAGCAAUGUCUGAGGGGCAGGAGCCCCCUGCACCCCCUACUAAAUAUGCCCCUGGAGAUAACAAAAUACAAGCCAGGAAUGAUGUUUUUCUGAAUGCUGAUGUCAAGUGUUGAACGUUCCAAAAGCUGCAUGUACAUAUUGUUGGUUAUUACUUUCUGCAUUUGGAUUAUUUUUCAUCAACAAAUCAAUUGUUGGCGACAGGUUUUUCUUUUCUUUAGUUUCGACUUUCAAUAACAAAUAACUUGCAAAACAUGCAUGAACUGACUUGAGCCUGCUAAACCGGAGUAACUGGUGGUUAGUCAACUCUGACAUUUAAUGCAUAUGAUGUCAUAUUGUCCUAAUUACCAGAUGGACACAGGUUAUCUUAGUAAAUUUAUGACUGAUCCCAGAUUGUGGCUGUUUUGUUUGCAAUGCAAUCAUUUUCCUAGGCACUGCAGGCUGCUCUGUUGGUAAAAAAAGCUUUUCUGAAAUAGAAAUUUUUUUGGGUCAGUUGGCAAACUGAUGCUCGAGGGUCAAACCAGGAAAUUGUAUAGACUUAGAAAGAGCUGUUGGAAACCUUGUUUCUGACUAAAAAUAUUACAUUGGGAAAAAUCCAGGGCAAAAUGUGUCAUGACAUUUUCCCAGAUUGGCAUGUCUUCGAGUGUUCACAAAAUUCAAAUUGAUCCUGAUCUUCUUUUCAUGAAGAGUAAAUACUCUAGUUUCUCCGAUCUAAGACAGUUUCUGAAUAUUCAAUUCCGGUCUCAAAAUUUGCAUAUGGUCAUUCAAUUCUUUCUGUUUAACACCUGCCUUUCAAGAUCUGGCAUUUUUUCAGACGACAGCUGCUGUUAACUUUGAAUUCAAAUAUUCAUUUGUAAAUUUUGUAUGUAGGUGCACAAAGAUUGUUAGGCUAAAGGCUUUUGGCAUUUUUGUACAGUUUUUGUAACUUUUUCAUAAUUUUGUAAUUUGUAAAAAAAACAUGUAUUUAUCACCGAAAGAUUUAUGUAACUUUCAAGUUGGAGCAAUAAAUUA